GUUUAAAUUUGAUUACAACAAUGAGCGAGCCUUGCGCCGGACUUUACAGGAGGAUGUUGUGAAGGAUAUUCUCAGCAAUGCUCACAUCCAGAAUGAGCUGGAGAAGGAGUUUGAGAAGAUGAAGGAGGACAGAGAGGUUCUGAGAGUGAUUUUCCCUACAGGAGACAGUAAGGUUGUGCUGCCUUGUAACCUGCUGAGGAUGAUAUGGAACGCACAGAAGAUAUUUCACAUUAAUACCCGGAUACCCUCAGAUCUGCACCCCAUAAAAGUGGUGGAUGGUGUGAAGGACCUCAGUAAGAAGUUGGUGAUUGUCAAUGGGGAGGAUCCUCUGAGCCGGCAGGCGCAGGAAAACGCCACGCUUUUGUUUAACAUCCAUUUACGGUCAACACUGUGCAGCAGGCGGAUGAUCGAGGAGUUCAGGCUGAGUGGAGAGGCCUUCGACUGGCUGCUGGGGGAGAUCGAGUCCAAGUUCAACCAGGCCAUUGCUCAUCCAGGUGAGAUGGUGGGUGCACUGGCCGCUCAGUCACUCGGAGAGCCUGCCACACAGAUGACCCUCAACACCUUCCACUAUGCCGGUGUGUCGGCUAAAAACGUCACCUUGGGAGUCCCACGUCUUAAGGAGCUCAUCAAUAUUUCCAAGAAGCCAAAGACUCCGUCCCUGACCGUCUUCCUGCUAGGACAGUCCGCUCGCGAUGCUGAGCGUGCAAAGGAUAUCCUGUGCCGCUUGGAGCAUACAACACUGCGCAAGGUCACUGCCAACACAGCCAUUUACUAUGACCCCAAUCCUCAGAAUACAGUGGUAGCGGAGGAUCAGGAAUGGGUCAAUAUCUACUAUGAGAUGCCAGACUUUGAUGUGACCAGAAUCUCCCCAUGGUUACUGCGUGUAGAGCUGGACCGCAAGCACAUGACCGAUCGCAAACUGACCAUGGAACAGAUCGCAGAGAAGAUCAAUGCUGGGUUUGGCGAUGAUCUGAACUGUAUAUUUAAUGACGAUAAUGCCGAAAAACUGGUUCUGCGAAUUCGUAUCAUGAACAGUGAGGAGAACAAGAUGCAAGAGGAAGAAGAGGUUGUGGAUAAAAUGGAUGACGAUGUCUUUCUGCGCUGCAUUGAAUCAAACAUGCUGACAGAUAUGACCUUGCAGGGGAUCGAGCAGAUCAGUAAGGUCUACAUGCACCUUCCCCAGACGGACAAUAAAAAGAAGAUCAUCAUUACUGAUGAAGGGGAGUUUAAGGCUCUUCAGGAGUGGAUUCUGGAGACAGAUGGAGUUAGUCUCAUGCGAGUCUUGAGUGAGAAGGAUGUUGACCCAGUGAGGACCACAUCCAAUGACAUUGUGGAGAUCUUCACAGUGUUGGGGAUCGAGGCUGUGCGCAAAGCUCUGGAGAGAGAAUUGUACCACGUCAUCUCCUUUGAUGGUUCCUAUGUCAACUACCGUCACUUGGCACUUCUGUGUGACACCAUGACAUGUCGAGGACACUUGAUGGCCAUCACCCGUCACGGUGUGAACAGGCAGGACACAGGACCUCUCAUGAAGUGUUCUUUUGAAGAGACGGUGGAUGUCCUCAUGGAGGCAGCAGCACAUGGUGAAUCGGACCCUAUGAAGGGGGUGUCUGAGAACAUCAUGUUGGGACAGUUGGCUCCAGCUGGGACUGGCUGCUUUGAUCUCUUACUGGAUGCAGAGAAAUGUAAAUUUGGAAUGGAAAUUCCAACAAAUAUUCCAGGACUUGGAGCUGUAGGACCAACUGGUAUGUUCUUUGGAUCCGCUCCAAGUCCUAUGGGGGGAAUGUCUCCUUCUAUGACACCAUGGAACCAGGGUGCUACACCAGCCUAUGGAGCCUGGUCACCAAGUCUAGGGAGUGGUAUGACCCCCGGAGCUGCCGGCUUCUCUCCCAGCGCUGCGUCAGAUGCCAGUGGCUUCAGCCCAGGAUAUUCCCCUGCGUGGUCCCCCACCCCUGGCUCUCCAGGAUCUCCGGGACCCUCCAGUCCAUACAUUCCCUCACCAGGUGGGGCCAUGUCUCCCAGUUAUUCUCCAACUUCGCCUGCUUAUGAACCAAGAAGCCCUGGUGGAUACACUCCCCAGAGUCCCAGCUACUCGCCGACUUCUCCGUCCUACAGUCCUACAUCCCCAUCAUAUUCUCCCACUAGCCCCAACUACAGUCCUACAUCUCCCAGCUACUCCCCCACAUCACCCAGUUAUUCCCCAACAAGUCCUAGUUACUCUCCAACAUCUCCCAGUUAUAGCCCAACAAGCCCAAGUUACAGCCCCACUUCACCAAGCUACUCUCCAACCUCUCCCAGCUAUUCCCCCACAAGUCCCAGUUACAGUCCCACUUCUCCCAGUUAUUCUCCCACCAGUCCCAGCUACAGCCCAACAUCUCCCAGUUAUUCCCCUACCAGCCCCAGUUAUUCACCUACCAGUCCCAGCUAUUCUCCCACCAGUCCAAGUUACUCCCCCACCUCUCCCAGCUACUCCCCAACAUCACCUUCAUACAGCCCAACGUCUCCUUCUUACUCACCAACUUCUCCCAACUAUUCACCUUCUUCUCCCAACUACACACCAACGUCUCCCAGUUACAGCCCCACAAGUCCCAGUUACAGCCCGACCUCUCCCAAUUACAGUCCUACAAGUCCCAGUUAUUCACCUACGUCUCCCAGCUACUCGCCUUCCAGCCCCCGUUAUACACCCCAGUCUCCAAGCUAUACUCCCAGCUCUCCCAGCUACAGUCCAAGUUCACCCAGCUACUCCCCAACAAGCCCAAAAUACACCCCAACAAGUCCAUCUUACAGCCCAAGCUCUCCAGAGUAUACCCCUACAUCACCCAAAUACUCUCCAACUUCACCCAAGUACUCGCCAACUUCUCCCAAGUAUUCUCCUACCUCACCAACAUAUUCUCCCACAACCCCAAAAUACUCUCCUACAUCUCCAACCUAUUCACCAACCUCCCCAGUCUAUACCCCUACUUCCCCCAAAUACUCUCCCACUUCUCCUACAUACUCCCCUACUUCCCCCAAGUAUUCACCAACGUCCCCCACCUACUCGCCCACAAGUCCUAAAGGUUCCACAUACUCUCCAACCUCCCCUGGAUACAGCCCCACCUCACCCACCUACAGUCUUACGAGUCCAGCUAUUAGUCCGGAUGACAGUGAUGAUGACAAUUGAGGACGCUGUGCUCUUUCCAGAGACACGAAUGUCCAGCCAUGUGAAAUGUACCGUUCAGAACGCCAGCAUAACGCACGCUUUCUGUUUCAGUGGAGUCUGCCAGCUUAUGUUUGGCUUUGUGUAGUUUGUAAGCAUUCUCAGCCUGGCCUUUGCAUAUGUCCAUUUAUCCUCCGUGCUGAAGGCCUUGUGGUGACCC